CAUUAGUCAGCCCUUUAGCUUUCUAACCUGACAGCAAAAAACUUUCUGGAGUCUAAAGUAUAUACAUACCUAAACCAGUCAUAUAUUAUAACUAAAAGGUAUUUUUUUGUCCUGCUAUGCCUGUAUAUAAAUAGUCUAGCUUUGUUCGAACUAAAACUCAGACCAUACCAUCUAUCACUCUUUCGAAACAGACAUUCUUAUUGUUAGAGCUGCCUCUUGAGUCUUGAUCAGCAAUGUCGAUGGUAAGAACACUAGUAUUGUGCUUGGCUGCAGCAGCCAUGAUCGUUAACUCAGUUAUCGCAACAACUACUUUCACUGUAGGAGGUUCAACAGGGGGGUGGGAUACUGCCACCAACUUACAAGCGUGGUCAUCAUCCCAGGCAUUUUCAGUCGGAGACAGUCUGAUUUUUCAGUACACACCAAAUCACAAUGUUCUGGAAGUUUCAAAGGAGGACUAUGAUGCCUGCCAGAGUAGUAAUCCAAUCCAGGUGUAUCCGAGUGGUGCCACGCCCAUCUCUCUCACUUCUCCAGGGAGCCGAUACUUCAUUUGUGGAGCAGGUGGACACUGCAGCUUAGGAAUGAAAGUUGAGAUUGUAACACUUGCAGCAUCAGCCCCAUUACCUGCUUUAUCGCCAGACAUCACCGCUCAGCCUUCUGAUCCCUCAACCUCCCCUGCUGCUUUCUUCCCCUCGCCUACAGAAACGCCAACAUCUCAACAACCAGCUAACACAGGUCCUACAGCAAUUCCUAGUUUUCCUCUAACAGGGUCUCCGCAGAGCUUUGAUCCAGCCAACGCACUGUCUACCCAACCUCCACCAUUUUCAGCUGCUAAAGUGAGGACUACUUCAUCUAUUGGCUUUGCUAUUCUCAUGCUGGUGUCAUUGUUUCUCUAAGCCCUGUAUUUUUCAGCCACAUUCUCUUGAAUGCUCUUUUCAUCUCAAUACAUUGGAUGUGAUAUGAUUCACAUCCAUUUGCAGGCAGAUAACUAUCUCACUAAUAUGAAUUUAUAUUUACUCUAAA